AACACGCCAGUCUGGACGGCAUAUCAAAGCUACGUACAUCGACGCCUUCUGGAAGGAACCCCCUAGAAGGAUGCCUUCUGGUAAAAGGAAACUCAGGAUGACAAGUUGACCGGCCAAGACAAGGGUGACAUCGCUGACCGGUCCUCUUUUUGUGGCUCCUGUCCUCCGGAGUAGAACAGUCGAACGGAGCCAGCAUGGAACAAUCGAGACACCCUUAUCGGCAGCCUAGCAAAUCCCCUUUCACCAGGCAAUCGGGACCUAAUAAGGAACUCCUUUCGGAGAUAGACCAACGACCAGGAAUACCGUCUGCUCCUUUCUCAAAUCCGAUGUUGAACCCAUCAUCGCCGCUCCUGGCGACUACCUACUACUACAACCCUCACCGCCAGGGCGGGGCUCUGCACCGUCUGGAACAGCUGAAGGAGUCACCCGUUCAAGAGACAUGUCAAGCAGCUGACGGCAGGGACGGUACAUGUUACGAUGCCCUGCAGUGCCUCAACAGGGGAGGCACCCCUAUGGGACGGUGUGAAGACGGCGUCUGCUGUGUCUUCGAGUUGUCAUGCGGUGAAGCCAGCUCGGAGCGUACGACCUACGUCCGGAAUCCCGGGUACCCAGGGGCCCAUGACCGUGAAGCCAUGUGUAAAGUCCGUGUGGCCAAGCGUGACGUCGAUAUUUGCCAGUUCCGGUUGGAUUUUCUCACCUUGGAUUUGGCGCGGCCAGUGGACGGAAACUGCUCACAGGAUAUGCUGGUUGUGUCGGGUCAGAAUGAGAACAAUCAGGUUCCUCGCAUCUGCGGACUCAACACUGGUCAACAUGCAUACGUUGAUGUCGAAGAGUCAGGCGGCAUCAGUUUGAACCUGAUGAUGGUUGGAAGCUAUUCGAGGAAGUUUGACAUUAAAGUUACCCAACUUGAAUGCGAUGGUCCACAAUCGGCGCCCUCGCACUGCCUGCAGUACUUCUGGGGCACGCACGGCAUGGUAAGGAGCUUCAACUACGAGGAGAACGGUGGCGUCCACCACCAGGGCUACCCGAACGACCUCGACUACGUCGUCUGCCUUCGCAAAGAGCCCGGUUUCUGUUCCGUCACCUAUGAGGUAGCCAGUGAAGAGACAACUAGAGGUCAUGCAGCGUUCGGUGUUGGGACAGUUUCCAGUCAACGUGACAGUGCCCACUUGACGUCAUCGCCGAUAGCAGCAGAAUGUCCAGAUGACUACCUUGUCAUAGCUGGAGUGCGGAUGUGUUCAGGACAACUGGACGUUGAUGUAGACCAGCGUUACACCCGUGACCUCAACGUCACUGGCCUUAGUCUCAUUACAGAUAGUACCCCGGGGCCGUUCUUGAUGCGGUUCGUUUCGAACCACGUGAACAACGCCAGAGGCUUCAAGCUGCACUACCGCCAGAAUCCGUGCAAAUAAAUCCAACAUGCAGCGCGACCUGGUGGAGAAAACUACCUUCAACUAAGACAAUCUGCGCAUUUACUAGGUCAAUAAA